GCCACGUCAGCGGACUACGUCAGCAGGACACGCCACCAGACCACGUCAGCAGGCCACGUCAGCAGGCCAUGUCCGCCGACAUAGCAGGAAAUACCACGUCAGCAGGCCCCCGGCCUGGUAUAUGCUGUUGCGGUCACAAAUAGCCGUCAUGGACCAGAGGUUCGGAGAAGCAGACGAGGCCUAUCAGGCCCGGAUGCUGGCUUGGAGAACCGAAACAAAGAAAUGGGAAGAUGACGCAGCAGCAGCAGCGAAGAAGAAGGCAGAGGAUGCCGAGCAGGCACGUCUGCUGGCACUUGAACAACAGCGCCAACAUGACGAGGCAGCAGCAAGGGCUGCCAAGGAAGAAAGAAACCAAUGUCGUGAGAAGAUAUUCAGCGGAGAGCACACCUUGCUCACAAUGGCAGCGGAAUGGCGGACCGAAGCCGAGAAUCGCAAUUUGGAGGAUUGCAAAGACAAGAUUGCGCUCCUCCUCUCGCAUCUCACAGACCUCCUAGCAACCUGCAUUACACAGAAGGAGGAUAUCCACAGCCUCGACGACUCGCUAGCUCAAGUGCAAGGCCGCCUCCAGCAGCUGGAGCAGCCACCCAUCGCCACCCCCGAUGCAAGCUCUUCCAAUACUUCCGAUCGCCUCGAAGCAUUGGAGAUGGACGUCGGCUCCCUCAAGGACGGCGUGCACUUACAGCAGACCGCAACGCAACAGUUGCAACAGCGGAUCUGUACUACUGCCAACACCUCAAGUUCGGAACCGCGCGAGACAGCUCCAAAGUUUAACGGGCAGGAGAUCUUCUGCGACUCGACGAAGACAGAUCCGAUUCCAUGGUUCCGCAAGUUCGAGCUCACGCUGCAGCUACACAACGUCAAAGAACACAAGCACCACGCAUACUUGUACUCUCGCUCAGGGGGCGCAUGGUUGGACAACCUUUUGUCCAAGUACGGAGUGGUAGCUAACGACUUGCACACCAAGAUCAGUUGGGAUGAUCUGAAGGCAGCGUGGCACAAGCGGUUCCAAGUCGAGCCGCCUGAGAUCAAGGCUACGGACAAGCUCAUGGUCUUCGAACAAGGCACUCUGUCGAGUACCGACUGGAUCGCCGAGUACCAAUGCUUGACGUCAGUCCCAGACAUCCUGAUGGGCUUCAAAGCCAUUCACCACUAUUUCAUCUCAAGGUCAUGUCCGGCAUUAAGCAAUGCCCAGACUCACGUCGAGGACACCUUGACGACGACGGCGGAACUUUUUGACAAGGCCGCGCAGAUCAUCAUUACGAACAAGGAGGCAAAGAAUCUGCGUUCGUCUGCGGCAGGCCGGAGCAGGGACCAGCAUCCGCCAAGAGUGGUCGUGGUCGCCGCUGCAACGCCGUUGGACCAAACCAGCGAGGCUGUGUCUGCCAGUGAAGGGGACAGACUCGCAGCCGCCCGGGAAGGUGGCCGCCCCGGUAGAGGACGAGGACGUGGCAAGACGAAGACACACACUGCAUCUAGCCCCGGGCUCGGCGCAGCAGCUCCAGCCCCUUGGUCCCAAUACGGCAUCUCCAAGCAAGCAUUCAAGGCGCGCACGAGAUUCCAUUAUUGCCUAUGGUGCAACAGUGAUCUUCAGCAGACACUGGCCUGCCCAUUGAAAGGCAAGGGCAAACAAGGAGACUGAGCACCGCCGAGAGUGACCCGACAACACUCUCAACGCCUCCGGAACCGGUUUCUUCGCGAGUAACCGGCCUUCAUUCCGAGGCGCAUGCGGAAGUCG